CAUAGAAGGUGGAGUCUCCCCUGCGGCUGGGCGCGAAAGCUAGAACUUCGCUGCCCGCCUAGCUGGAGACUGCGGGAGUAGCUCCCCUUAGUCAGAGUGGUCCCGGGACAUCUUCGCCGGGAGCAGAGCGCCGGGGACACGGGCAUCAUGACGGGCGAGGUGGGUUCGGAGAUUCACCUAGAAGUCAGCAACCUAAAACUCAUUUCACAAGAAGCAGGCAGUCUUUCAGACAGUGGACAAGGCAGCUUUGAAACAAUUGAGCCCUUGAGAGAAAGAGAUUCAGAUGAAGAGAUAUUCAUGAAUAAGAAGCUGAAGAGCAGGAAGGUGAUACAAGACAGUGAUUCUGAAUCAGAGGAUACGAAUGCCUCUCCAGAGAAAACUACCUAUGACAGUGCUGAGGAGGAUAAAGAGAACUUACUUGCUGGAAGAAGUGGAAAAAUCAAAAGGAUUUACAAAACUCUGGCUGACAGUGAUGAAAGUAACAUGGAGGAGUCUUUGGGUCAGGAAAAUUCUGAAACUCAAGUGACAUCUCGCUUAGACCUGAGUCUCCAAACUGGGAACUCUGUGGACUUUACCCCUGACAGAAAGACUUCCAAAAAAUCUGUGCAUGAUGAAGAAGGAAUUGGAGGAAAAGCAAAAGUAAAAUCAAAGAGAAGACUUGACAAAGAGGAGAGGAAGAUGGAAAAAAUUAGGCGGCUAAAAAAGAAGGAAACAAAAAAUGAGGAAAAUAAUAUGGAAAAGCCAUUGAAUGACAGUGGCUGUCUUCUUGUGGAUAAAGACCUUUUUGAAACGGGUUUGGAGGAGGAAAAUAAUUCUGCAUUGGAGGAUGAAGAAUCUUUAGAAUCAAUAAGGGCAGCUGUGAAGAACAAAGUAAAAAAUUACAAGAAAAAGGAAUUAUCUUUGGAAACUAGGGUCUUUUCAUCUGGAGAAGAGAGUGAGUUAUCAAAAGGACCUAUGAAAAAGGAAAGAAAGGCAGCCAAGUUAAGUAAAGAAGCAUUAAAAAAACUGCAUAGUGAGACUCAGCGCCUUAUACGAGAGUCUGCACUUAAUCUUCCAUAUCAUAUGCCUGAGAGUAAAACCAUUCAUGAUUUCUUCAAAUGUAAACCCCGGCCCACUUGCCAGGGAAAUGCCAUGGCACUUCUGAAGUCAUCUAAGUAUAAAUCAAGCCAUCAUAAAGAAAUCAUAGACACUACAAAGACAACUGCAAUGAAUGGUGACCACUGUAACAAAGGUUCUGAGCAGACAAACAGUACAGGAUGUGAAAUGGAAAUUAAUGAACUCCCAGUGGUCUCAAAGGAACCUCAGAUCGCUACUGGAUCAGAUGAGACUUGCACUACAGAUCUAGUGAGAAGUGAAGAGCUAGAAAUUCAGGAAAAACAGAAACAGAAUGAUGCUAGACCUUCACCUGAGGACAGCUCAGUAUUGCAACAAGAAUCUAGCUUCCUCAGGAACAUGGCCAGUAAGGAAUAUCAGAUUGGAGGGCUUGUGGCAUCUGAACCUCGUGCUCUGGAGGGAGAACAAAGCCUACGAAAAACAGAAGAAACAGAGAAAAAAUUGGAAGAACCCGUGCAGCAAACUAAACCAUCAGCAGUUGUAGUACCUGAAAAAGUGAGAAGGUUCACUGUGGAUAGACUGAAACAACUGGGAGUCGAUGUUUCCAUUAAACCCCGGCUCGGUGCUGAUAAAGAUUCCUUUGUGAUACUUGAUGAACCUGAAACCAACAGAGAGCUGGAAGCCUUGAAGCAGCGUUUCUGGAAGCAUGCGAAGCCAGCAGCCAGACCCAGAGCUGGCCAGACAGUGAACGUGAACGUCAUAGUGAAAGACGUGGGCACUGAUGGAAAGGAAGAGCUAAAGGCAGAUGUGGUACCUGUGACUUUGGCAACUGAGAAGCUGGAUGGAGUGAGCCACACAAAACCAGGUGAAAAGCUGCAGGUAUUAAAAGCUAAACUGCAAGAAGCAAUGAAACUCCGAAGGUUUGAGGAGCGCCAAAAGCGCCAAGCAUUAUUUCAAUUAGAUAACGAAGAUGGGUUUGAGGAGGAGGAGGAGGAGGAAGAAGAGGAAGAAAUGACAGAUGAGUCUGAGGAAGAUGGAGAAGAGCAGAUAGAGAAAGAAGAGGAAGAAGAUGAAGAACUGGAGGAAAAAGAGGAAGAGGAGGAGGAAGGCAAUCAGACUGCAGAAUUCCUUGCUAAUGAAGAUAUAGAAAGCAAAGAUGAGAAAGAAAUGGAUAAAGAAAAUACUGACGGCAGUAGUGAAGUUGACAAGUCAGUUGACCUUCUCUCUGUUCCCAAGGCUCUCUCAUCAGAUUCUACCUUACUUCUAUUUAAGGACAACUCUUCUAAGAUGGGUUACUUUCCUACUGAAGAAAAAUCAGAAACAGAUGAAAACUCAGGCAAACAGCCUAGCAAGCUGGACGAAGAAGAUUCAUGUUCAUUGCUAACGAAAGAGAGCAGCCACAAUAGCAGCUUUGAGCUGAUUGGCUCCACGAUUCCAUCCUAUCAGCCCUGCAACAGACAAACAGGGCGGGGAACCAUUUUUUUCCCUACAGCGGCCGGAUUCAGAUCUCCUUCCCCUGGGCUAUUUCGAGCCAGUUUGGUUAGCUCAGCUUCUAAGAGUUCAGGGAAACUGUCUGAGCCUUCACUUCCUAUAGAGGAUUCCCAGGAUCUGUAUAACGCCUCCCCAGAGCCCAAGACACUUUUCCUAGGAGCAGGAGAUGACUUCCAGUUCUGUUUAGAAGAUGACACUCAAAGCCAACUGUUGGACGCAGAUGGGUUCUUAAAUGUUAGAAACCACAGGAAUCAGUACCAAGCUUUGAAACCUCAGUUACCAUUGGCCAGUAUGGAUGAGAAUGCCAUGGAUGCCAACAUGGAUGAGCUGUUGGAUUUGUGUACUGGAAAGUUUACAUCUCAGGCUGAAAAAUGUCAAUCCAGGAAGAAUGACAAGAAAGAGAAUAUGGAGGAACUUCUGAAUCUUUGCUCAGGAAAAUUCUCUUCUCAGGAUGCCUCCCCUCUGGCUCCGUUGGAAUUGAGCAAGCAGGAGAAGGAGAAUAGCAUGGGCGACCCAAUGGAAGAAGCACUUGCUCUUUGUUCAGGCUCUUUCCCAACAGAUAGGGAGGAAGAAGGUGAAGAGGAGGAAUUUGGAGACUUUCGGCUUGUCUCACAUAACAAUGAGUUUGACAGGGAUGAGGAUGAACACACUGACUCUGGUAAUGAAAAUAUGGCAAUGGAAGAUGAUGAAGAUGAUGAUGAAGAACUCCUAAAGCAAUCUGAAAAGCUGAAAAGGCAAAUGAGAUUGAAGAAAUACCUGGAGGAUGAAGCAGAGGUGUCCGGAAGUGACAUGGGAAGUGAAGACGAGUAUGAUGGGGAAGAGAUUGACGAAUAUGAAGAGGAUGUAAUUGAUGAAGUUCUUCCUUCUGAUGAGGAACUGCAGAGUCAGAUCAAGAAAAUACACAUGAAAACCAUGUUGGAUGAUGAUAAGCGACAGCUACGCUUAUACCAGGAGAGGUACCUUGCCGAUGGGGAUCUGCACAGCGAUGGCCCGGGGCGAAUGAGGAAAUUCCGAUGGAAAAACAUAGAUGAUGCUUCCCAGAUGGACUUAUUCCACCGAGACUCUGAUGAUGAUCAGAUUGAAGAACAGCUUGAUGAGACAGAAGCCAGAUGGAGGAAGGAGCGAAUUGAACGGGAGCAGUGGCUUCGGGACCAGGCACAGCAGGGGAAGGUUACAGCUGAAGAAGAAGAAAUUGGCGAAGACAGUCAGUUCAUGAUGCUAGCUAAGAAAGUUACAGCCAAAGCACUGCAGAAGAGUGCCAACCGCCCUAUGGUUAUCCAGGAAUCAAAGGCUCUACUCAGUAACCCUUUUGAAACUAUCAGACCCGGAACCACUCACCAGCUGAAGACAGGCUCACUGCUAAACCAGCCCAAAACUGUGCUUCAGAAACUGGCUACACUCUCUGACCUCAACCCCAGUGCACCCCGAAACUCAAGAAAUUUUGUCUUUCAUACACUUUCUCCUGUCAAGGCUGAGGCAGCAAAGGAAUCAUCUAAACCUCAGGUGAGGAGAAGGGGACCAUCAUUAGUGACAUCCCCUUCCCCUAAGCGCCUCAAGAUGGGUGAUAGCAGUCCGAGGUCAAAGCGAAGCAUCUUUAGAUACUUGGAAAGCUAACCCCCUCAAGGACGCCAGCGUCACUGCCAAGACCACUCAGCAACACAGAAAUUGGCACUGAUGGCUUGAACUGUUACUCGUGCUGAUGACCUCUCCUUCCUUCGUGAUCAGUGCAUUAAGACUGCAGAGAUUCCAGUUAUUUCUACUGCUCAACUCUGGCUAUCUUCCUUUCCUAGUAUUUCCUGGCUUCGCCACUAAUCGUAAUUCUGCAGUUUCCAACAUCAACUUACAGAAUGUGCGAGUGAAGUCUCAUGCACCUCGUUAAACAUUUGACAUUUUAUCCUAGCAGCUUCCUGGGUUUACACUGCUUUGUGGUAGAGGUGGUUGGGAAAGGAGGAAGCGGAGGAGGAGGAGGAGGGAUGAAAGUGUGGCUUUACAGAAAGUGGUGAAAGUCAGUGUCAGAAUGACUCCUUCAUACCUACCAUCACUCCCCACUUUUCCUGAACUACCACAAGGCUCCCAGCAUGUUAGAUUCCCCACCCAC